AUGUCUCUCGCACUAAGGAUCGCGCCUCAGCUGCGCGCCAUCAGCCAGGUGGCUGCGACACCCGUGGUGGCACGUACCUUCACCACGAACACCCCCAACACGAGGGAACCCAACGACCCCCAGAACCAGCGGUUCCCCAUUGGCGCCUUCUACCAAGCCAUGCUCGACUAUCCUACGCCCUUUGGCUUCGAGGUCAAGCCCGAGGUCCCUCCCAAGUCCGCCGACCCCGCUGUCCAGCCGGCUGAGGAACCCGCCACCGGCAAGAAGAAGCCCGGCCGCAAGGCCAAGACCGAAAGUACGCCACCUCCUAUCUCCUCCUUUACCCCUGAUACGAGCACUGCUGAGGAAAAGGCCCUGCGGGUGUUCGGUAAACGCUUGGACGGUGAGAAGGACAUUGCCGCGCACAGUGCGAACAAGAGGAACCAGUCGCGAUUAAUAGGGGGCGUGCUGGUGCCGCCAGAGCCCCAGGAGCCGGACAACUGUUGCAUGAGCGGGUGUGUCAACUGCGUGUGGGACCUCUUCCGGGAGGACAUGGAGGAGUACCAGGCGAAGAGAUUGGAGGCGGAGUCCGCGAUGAAGGCGGAGGAUGGAGGGGCAGGCGAUGUGAUUACCACAACAAAAGAGCAACAGCCCAUAGCGGGAAUGAAAGUUGGUGAUACGACCACGAUUGCCAAGGACACGUGGGAAGAUGAUCUGUUCGCGCACGUGCCGGUCGGUAUACGAGAGUUCAUGAAGCAAGAGAAAAUGUUGAAGGAGAAGCACGCAAAGGAACAGCAGGCAAGCUGA